AUGUUGCCUCUUGGCCUCCUUACGGCCGCGCAGGGCCACCCGAUGUUGGUGGAGCUUAAGAAUGGAGAGACCCUGAACGGUCACCUCGUGACCUGCGACAACUGGAUGAACCUGAUCUUGCGCGAAGUCGUGCAGACAAGUCCCGAAGGCGACAAGUUCUUCCGCCUUCCUGAAGUCUACAUCCGCGGCAACAACAUCAAAUAUCUCCGAGUCCCCGAAGAAAUCAUCGAGAUUGUGAAGGAGCAGCAAGCCAACCAACCACAGGGCCGACGCGGUGGUCACAGAGACGGUGGGCGCGAACGAGGCCGUGGUGGUGGUCGUGGUCGCGGCGGGCGUGGUCGUGGUGGUGGUGGGCGCGGUGGUUCUGGCAGUCAUGGCGGCCCGGGCGGCAGCUCCGUUGAAGCUCAAGCACUCGACAUGUCGCGGCAAGCGUUGGUCCUUGACGGACUGUGGUUUUCCUUAUGUCCGUCUUUCUCACAGCUGACACUUCGCCGCUCAGCACCUUCAUUAAGGCCGAGGCAAAAAUACUCCAGAACAUGCUCGCCUCCAACUAGUCGCCUCGCCGCGCCGACGCCCACACCGAUUCUGACAUCUAGACGGUACCACAGCAGUCGUACAAAAACAUCUGAACACUCAGGUACUGGCGAUGCUAAUUCAGCCUCGGAGAAUCCACAAGACGCUCCGGCACACCGUUCAUAUCCUCGGCUUCCAUCCAAUACACAUCACGACAUCACGACGGUGAGCGUUGACGAGUUAUCGAAACCUUUGUACGCGGAUGAAGGCAGCCUGGUGACAGAGAGCUCACAAGAUGCUUCGUCGCCGCGUGCGAACCCUCAAUCGCCAUCCAACGGCUCCCACAAAGCGAAACAACGUUCCCGCCCGUUAAGGAAAGAAUAUGGGCAACUAUGGAAAAAAUCGCAAUCCGAUUUAGAAGCCAUUUUGCAGGGCGAAGAAAAUCCCGGAUUUGUAGGAACGAUAGAGGUGUUGAGAUCGUUGAUUCGUGAUCGUCACGUCGAACCAAGGGCUCGCCACUACAAGGCCAUGAUACAAGCGAAUACCGAUAACACUCUUGGGAACGUGAACUCUGUCCACUAUCUUUUGCAAGAGAUGGAGGACAAUGACAUUGCUGCGGACUCUGGUACCCUACACGCCGCUUUACAAGUACCUUUACUAACUUCAUCUUCACCGUAUAGGCUUUUCGCUGUGCACCCGGACUAUCUACUGCGCCAAGAAGUCCUUAAGAAGCUUCGAGAUCGGUGGCUUACUCUGAGCCCCGCUGGAUGGCACUUUGUGGUCGUGGGACUGCUCCGCGACCAUCAGUUCGAACUGGCACUUGAUCAGCUUGCAUUGAUGGAGCGGAAGGAAAUUCCGGUUGAAAAUUGGCUGCACAGCUCGCUCAUUUAUCACUUAUGUGACUUCGAAGAGUUCGACGAGGUGUAUCGCCUGAUGCGCGCUCGAGUGGAGCAGGGCCAUGAUAUGACCACAGCGCUGUGGAAGCAUGUAUUGGAAACAGCUAGCACGGCGGGUCAUUAUCUGACAACUUCUUACGUGUGGAAGCGUAUGGUUGAACUCGAGCAUUUGCAGCCUUCAAAGGAUGCCUGUAGCAAAGUGCUAAAGCUGGCUGAACGCGCCGAGGAUACCGAGCUGGCCAAUUCCGUGUUCCGCUUGAUGGACAAGAAAGGAAUGACGCCCGGUCAAGAAGAUUAUGCGACGCUGAUUAUGUCUAAGUUGGGUGCAGGCGACUUACCUACUGCCUUCGAUGUGCUUUGCGCAAUGCAACAGGAAGGGACCAUUCCCAAUCAGGUUGCCACACGGCCGAUACUUGACUACAUGAUCAAACAUAAGACCGACCACCGCGAAGCGUGGCAGAUUCUCAAGCGUUUGAAGAAUGAAAGACGCGACAUUCCCUUGGCCAGUGUCCAGGUCAUUGCCGAUCUGUGUUGCCACUAUGCCCGUAACGAUCCCUCUGUGGUGGAGGACGCCGUGGGGUUCUACAAAGAGCUCUAUACAUUGUGCCCUGAAGGGGCAAACGUGGAUGUCUACAACUCUCUUAUCAUGAUGUGUCGAACAGCAGGGAGCCGGGCCGCAGGGAUGUUUCUAGUAAAAGAAAUGGCCUCCUUCAACGUCAUCCCCAACGGCACGACAUUCGAGAGCAUUAUCCUGAUGUGUCUGGACGCGGGUAACUAUCUCUCCGCGAGCAUGUACUUUGAAGAUCUCAUCAAACGAGAGGGUUCGGUCACCCGGGAGAGCCAGAGAGAGAUUCGAAAACUCUGUGCACGGUCGGUGGACGAGUACGCGAUGCGGUUGCAGUACCAUCCCAAGAUCCAAGAAACGACCAUGGUCGCCACCGCUGACGAAACGUCCGGUGGAGACCCUACUGGUGAGGCGGGACCCCGCGGCUUUGGGCGUACCAAGCUCGUGCACGAGGCGCGGAUCGCGUAUAACCGGGAUCGACGACGAAGAAAGAGAGCCCGGGCGGCCAUGGAACGCAACGAAAACCAGGAAACCCGCCCGACCGAUGCGCAGGAUGUGUGGAACUAA